AGUGAUAUAGCUUUGCGUGGGGCGACGGUUCGCAAGUAGCCUUCCCCCCAAAAGGAUGAACAAAGCCGCGGGAGGAGGCGGCGGAGGAGGCGGCCCGACGGCGGCGGCUGCGGCCGCGGCGGCGCAGAAGCAGAAAACCCUGCUGCAGAGGGCCGACACCGACGUGACCAAUAUCGUCGACAACUUUAAUCAGCUCGUCAACCUCGCUAGGGUCAACGACCCGCCGGUUCGCAACUCGCAGGAAGCGUUCCAGAUGGAGAUCCGGGCCGCAAGGAUGGUUCAAGCGGCGGAGUCGUUGAGGAAUCUGGUGUCGGAGCUGAAGCAGACGGCGAUCUUUUCGGGGUUCGGCUCGCUGAACGAGAACGUGGACCGGCGGAUCGCCGAAUUCAACCGGCUGGAGGAGGGUUCGGAGCGGCUUCUUGAGAGGGUCGGGGAGCAGGCCGCGGCCAGCCUCAAGGAGCUGGAGGCGCACUACUACUCGUCGGUCCUGAGGACGAGCCCAAGCGAAGGCCCAUGAGGUCCAAAGCAACACCUUUAUCUCCCUGCCUUUGUUUUCUUCACUUGGUUUUGGAUUUUGCUUGAAUGCUUGAUGUGCCUCAUGAGGUCCAAAGCAACUCCUUUAUCUCCCUGCCUUUGUCGUCUUCACUUGGUUUUGGAUUUUGCUUGAAUGCUUGAUGUGGCUCAGUUUGGCAUAUGAACAAAAUGCUGCGAUCAGUUCCAGUUUAUAUACUGUUUCUUGUGACUGUGAAUUGAAGGUAUAGUUUGUUCGUA